GCGUUUGUGUGUGUGUGUGUGUAUCCCGAAUCCCGCCGAACCGUGUCCAGCGCGUGGAAUGCGCCGCAGUGGUGGCGGUCGAGAGCAGCAGGCGACGUCGUCGUGAAACCGGCCGGGAUCGUCUCUCGUUCUCUCCGCGCGCGGCGGCAGGCAAGUGCGCGCGAAGCGGGUGGAUUGAUGGCACUUGCUAUGCGCCACGACGGAUCGAGGCACGUAAAUGCGCCCGGAAUUGGAGCGCGGAGCAGCACGUGAAGUUCCAAGGGCGUUGGAGUAUACAACAACAACAACAACAACAACACCAGCUGCUGGUGGUCGACUCGGUCGCGCAGCAGCAGCAGCAACAGCAGCAAAAUCAGAUCGUCGCGCCGAAUCAGGCUUCGGCUUCGUCGUCGUCGUCGUCGUCGGGAGGUGAUUUGCCGCAACAGUGCCGCAAAAUGACUGACCAGCGUGAGCAGCAGCAGCAGCAGCAGCAGCAACAACAGCCGCAGUCCCAGUUUCAGCAGCAGCAACAGCAGAUCAAAGGCAAUGACGAGCCGAGAACGAACCUGAUCAUCAAUUACCUUCCGCAAAACAUGAACGAGAAGGAGCUGUACAGUCUAUUCGUCACGAUCGGUCCGGUUGAGUCCUGUCGAGUCAUGAAGGACUACAAGACUGGCUAUAGCUACGGCUUUGGCUUUGUCAACUACGCGAAAGCUGAGGACGCAGCGACGGCGAUAAGCACAUUGAACGGUCUUCAGGUGCAAAAUAAACGUCUGAAGGUCUCGUUCGCUCGGCCAUCUGGAGAAGAAAUUAAGGAAACGAAUCUUUAUGUUACGAAUUUACCGAGAAAUAUAACGGAAAGCCAAAUCGACGAGCUUUUCAGUAAAUUUGGCAACAUUGUGCAGAAGAACAUAUUGAGGGAUAAGCUGACCGGUUUACCAAGAGGAGUGGCGUUUGUUAGGUGA